GCUCUGGCCCUGUCGCGCUGCCAUGCCCAUCACUGCCAGCUCGGGCUCCGCCGCCUUCGCCAAAGCGCGUCCCGACCUGGACGGCCUCAUCAAGCGCCGCUUCUUUUACCGGCAGGCCUUCGAGAUCUACGGCGGCGUCGCCGGCUUCUACACGUACGGCCCGCCCGGUGCGGCGGUCAAGCAGAACCUGCUCGCGCUGUGGCGGAAGCACUUUGUGAUCGAGGAGAACCUGAUGGAGGUGGACGACACCAACAUCAUGCCGCACGACGUCCUCUUCGCCUCGGGCCACGUCGAGCGCUUCAAUGACUUUAUCGUCAAGGACUCGUCCGACGCCAACCGCUUCUGGCGUGCUGACAAGCUGCUCGAGGAGGUGAUGGAGGCGAAGAUGGCAGACAAGGCGUGCACGCCGGAGCAGAAGGUGGAGUAUCAAAAGGUGCACGCCCAGGCCGACGCCUACUCCGCCGAGCAGCUCUCUCAAGUCUUUGCCCAGUACGGCAUCAAGGCGCCCGAGAGCGGCGCCGAGCUGACGCCGCCCGAGGAGUUCAACUUGAUGUUCGCGACGCCCAUCGGCCCGUCGGGGAUGAUCCAGGGCUACCUCCGCCCAGAGACGGCGCAGGGCAUCUUUCUCAACUUCAAGUUUUGCCUCGAGCAAAACAACUACGCGAUGCCGUUCGGGAUCGCGCAGGUCGGCAAGGCGUUCCGCAACGAGAUCGCGCCGCGCUCGGGCCUCAUCCGGCAGCGCGAGUUCACGCAGGCCGAGAUCGAGUACUUUGUCCACCCGCAAAAGAAGGCGCACCCAAAGUUCGCCGCCGUCGGCUCCCUCCAGCUCGAGCUGCUCCCGUCGCCCCAGCAGCUCGCAGCGCAGCCGGCGGUGCGCAUGAGCCUCGCCGAAGCCGUCGCCGCCGGCACCGUCGCCAACGAGACGCUCGGCUUCUUCAUCGGGCGCACGUACCAGUUCCUGGUCCGCGCGGGGUGCAAGGCGGAGCACAUACGCUUCCGGCAGCACCUCCCAGACGAGAUGGCGCACUACGCGUGCGACUGCUGGGACGCCGAGAUCGAGAUGUCCCUCGGCUGGGUCGAGUGCGUCGGUGGCAUCGCCGACCGGUCGGCGUACGACCUGACCGUGCACGCCAAGGCGACGAACACCCCGCUCAUCGCCGAGGAACCUUUCGAGGUGCCGGUCAAGGCGGCGGCAGCACUCGGCAAGUCCUUCAAGAAAGACGCCAAGCGGGCGUCGCUGACGGUGAGCGACUGCGGCGGCAGCGACACUUUCGAGAUCGCCAACGAGCUGCUCGUCUUCGAGGCGACAACCACGAUCAUGCACGUCGAGAAGUACACGCCCAACGUGAUCGAGCCCUCCUUCGGCAUCGACCGCAUCCUGACCGCCAUCUACGAGCACACCUACUCGGUGCGCGCAAAGGAGGGCGACGCGCCCGAGGAGCCGCCGCCCAAGAAGGGCGACAAGAAGGACAGCGCGACAGACGCCAAGCCGGGCGUGCUCGCGUUCCCGCCCGAGGUUGCGCCGUACAAGUGCGUCGUGCUGCCGCUCGACAUGCGGAUUGUCCGCGAGUGCGAGUACGCCGGUAUGCGCGACGCGCUGCGCGCCACCCUGUCCGAGCAGGGGCUGCAGUACAAGGUGGACGAGUCGGGCGCGUCAAUCGGCAAGCGGUACGCGCGCUCCGACGAGCUCGGCAUCCCGUUUGCAAUCACGAUCGACGAGGACUGCCUCAAGCAGUUUAAAGCGGACGCCGCGAGCGCCACGGCCACGCUGCGCGAGCGCGACUCGACGCGGCAGGUGCGGCUGCCGCUCUCGACGAUCGCGCAGACGGUCGCCCAGCUCUGCUCGGCCAGCACGCUCACGUGGGACGAGCUCGAUGCGGACUUUGCCGGCACGGGCGCGGACCCGAAGGUCGCGUACCUGAAACAGAUGGGCGUGGAGGAGGCGCUCAGCGCCGCCGUGACUGCGCUCGCCAAGGAGAAGCCGGCCGACCCGAUGAAGUGGCUGUCGGCACGGUUCGCCGCUCUGUGAGUGAGUGGGGGCACAGAGAGCGGAGAGAGGAGCGCGCGUCAGGCGCGGGUCGCGGGACGUGCCCCCGAACUUUGAGGGCGCGCCCAUUGUGCGCGGCAGCGCGAGCGAGGUUGUGGCUUGUGCGGCUGGGCGGCGGGCGGGGGCCGCCUGGGGAGAGGCGAUCGCGAGGGUACCUUUACGUCAGACGUCACGUCCUCACGUCCUCACGUGCGCACAGUGCGUCUUGCUCUCUUGCUAAGUUUAAACUUUCUUAUUAUUCCC